CCACCAAUCUCUCCAGCGGCGGCGAGCAUGUUAUCACCAAGAAUGUUGCGGCCGAGCGUUUUGAGAAGCUUGCAAGGAUGCGCUGUGCGCAGAAGCUUCGCCACUUCGGCAGCACUGCAGAAAGACAUCAAUCACAUGACAGUCUUUGGAGCCGGUCUCAUGGGCGCCGGUAUCGUCCAGGUCGCAGCUCAAAACGGCAUCAAGGUCGUCAUGACGGAUGUCUCGGACAAGGCGCUCGAGAACGGCAAGAAGAUCAUCACAAAAUCACUCACGAGGAUAGCAAGGAAAGCGCACCCUGAAGACGAGGCAGCCCAAAAGUCGUUGAUCGACAAAGUCUUUGAGAACAUCAGCACGAGCACAAGCCCAGACGAAGCAGUCAAGUCGUCCGAUCUCGUUCUCGAAGCCAUCGUAGAGAACAUCAAGGUCAAGCAAGAGCUGUUCAGCAAGCUUGACAAGUCGGCGCCAAAGGAUGCCAUCUUUGCAAGCAACACGUCCAGUCUGAGCAUCACUGACAUUGCACAAUCGACCGAGCCAAGCCGACAGUGGAUAGGCUGGCAUUGGUUCAACCCGCCGCCUCAGAUGAAGCUCGUCGAGAUCAUCAAGACGGAGAAGACCAGCGAGGAGACAUAUCGAGCUCUCGCUGAUCUCAGUAAGCGCAUGAAGAAGACUGCCGUCUCCUGCAAAGAUACGCCAGGCUUUAUUGUGAAUCGAUUGCUCGUGCCUUAUAUGCUCGAGGCGGUCCGCAUGGUCGAGCGAGGCGAGGCCUCGGCAGAGGACGUUGAUGUCGCUAUGAAGCUUGGCGCAGGCUAUCCGAUGGGCCCCUUCGAACUCUCAGACUUUGUCGGUCUAGACACACUGUCGCACAUAUCACGAGGCUGGCGAGACUCGCGCGUUGAGACGGGCGAGAUCAGCGCAGAGGCGGUCAAGGAAAGUCCCCUUCUCGAGCAGCUCGUCAAGGAGAACAAACUUGGUCGCAAAACAGGCGAAGGGUUCCGCAAGUACGAUUAGAUCGCGCUUCCAAUGCAUAGACAGUCGAUCACCGUCUCCGUCCUGCUUUUGAUGCUUUGGUGCUUGCCUUGGUCUCGGCAGCAGCAUGGCCGGUGUCAUUGAUGUGCGAAAAGAGCUUGC